AUGGCAGCAGGCUCAGAGAAUGAAUCCACUGUUCCGGGGACUGCACGGGGAGACACACAGAGCAAUGACGAUCAGGUCACAAUCAUUUUUCCGGGAAAGCGUCAGCCAAAAACAACGGGUUCAAAAAAGAAUCAAAAUAACACACCAUCCGUCAUAUCUGGCACCUCAGAAUCAGAAUUGGAACCACUGAUUGAUACUACCGCAAAACUAGCAUUGAAUUCGAAGAAAAUCUUACGUCUUCAACGGCGAGCUGAGAAAAAAGAAGCGAGGCGCAAAGCCCAUUCUCACGAUAUUCAAUCAUUCCUCGAUUUGCCACCAGAAUUGUUACUCAGUGUCCUUGGACAUCUUCUACCUUCCGAUGUCUGUCAGCUAUUGACACUCAACACCUCAAUGCGGAACUUCAUCCUGGACAAUGAAAGUGCAAUUACUGAGGAGAUUAUCAGAAGGAGAUAUUGGGUUCUCAGACAAUGCUUUCCCCUUCCAGUCGUCUUGGACCUGGUACCCAUGUCGUCACAGCGUACUCUUCUAAGCCAAGGUUGGCAAGACCGACUGAGAAUCCACAAGAACCCUUAUCAGCAUAUCAAACCCAUUGAUCCUACAACAGUGUGCACUUGUAUGAGCUGUGUCCUAGCUUGGAACAAUCUAUGCAUUAUCCUUGACUUGGCGCACUGGCAGACUAAUCUGGAACAUCGAGAACCGAUUCCCAAUAUCCCUCGUGGCAAAACUCCACAAUGGAAUGUCGAUUUACUUCAACAAAGUGCCAAUAUCGUGACAAGGGCAAUGAAAAGCCCACUCACAUAUGCACGAAUCUUACAGACACAUCUUGAGACAACCACAAGGACAAUCAUUCGAUCAGGCAAGUGGCGAAAGAAGGGAGAGAAGAUCACCACUCUACGGCCGAGGCUGUACCAUCUUACUGAUGCCGAAGCCCUGAGUGAUACCGAUGCUUAUUUGGAGAGGAGCGGUCCCCCAAGCUAUCAACCAAUCUUCAUGAGAGAUAAUUACUAUUCGGUAGAAGCAUUUCUACCAAACCGUAAAUGGGAUAAAGACGAGCAGACCUGGAAAUACUAUUCAAAAUGGCCCAAGCCACACGAAAAUGACCUAGAAUGGUUGAGUGCCAGAUAUUCUCCACGGACAUAA